AUGAUUGGGAUGAACCAUGAUUUUUUGUCAGCAAACUUUGUUGGAUAUCCAAUGGAAGAAAAAAAAACAUUGUGUUACCAAGAUUUUAAUAUAAAUAAAAAAAGAACGACUCCUUUAAAAUAUAACAAUUUUAAUAAUUAUGAGUACUUAAAAGAAUUAGACGAUCUCCGGGAAUAUAAAAGAAUAACUUGCGAAAAAAUAAAAAAAUAUGAAAGUUCUAUAUAUUCAUAUAAGAAUCAAUUGAGAAAUGUAAACAAAAAAAAACUUGAUGGAGGAAAAAUAAAUUUAAAAUUAUUAAAUAUAUUUGUUAAUAUUAUAUGUGAUAUAAUAGAAUACCUAUGUUCUGAUAUAAAUAAAUCAGUCUUAUCCGUUCUUCCUUUUAUUCAUACCAUAUUGAAUACAAGUCCCAUAAGAGAUAAGAAAAUAUACCAGUGUUCCAAAUUAAUCCAUAUAACAUUAACCCAUUUGAACUGUAAAAAUGUAGUGCAUAAUAAAGAUGAAAUUCUUAGAGAAGAGAUAGAAAAGGACUAUGAUUUAAGGACCCAUAAAUUAGACGAUUUAGAAUGGUUAGCUUGUGAAACUAAUGAUAAAGGUUGGCUAGCUAUUAGCGACAGAUGGGAAACAUGUCCCAAGGAUUUAAAAUGGUUAUGUGUGAAAAGAAAUAAUAGAUCAUGGAUAUUAUAUCGUCAUAUAUGGGAAAACAGUUCAGAUGAUUUGAAAUAUAUAGCUAUAUUGUUUGAUGAUAAAAAAUGGCUACAUUUAUAUAAAAUAUGGAAGCUCAUUCCUUUAAGUUUAAAAUUUAAAGCGAUAAACUCAAGGGAUGUUACUAUUUGUAAACCAUCAUUAAGUGAAAUUAUUUAUAACAAUAAUAAUAUAUAUAAUAAUGAUAUAUAUGAUGAUGAAAAUUUUGUGAAUAUAAAUUCAUAUAAUUCAUCAUCUAUAAAAAAUAAUUAUAGAACUAGUAGUAUGAUGGGAAAUUAUUACUUAAGAUAUAAUAAUAUGGUUGAAAAGAUAUGGUCAUCAAAAUUAUAUGAGAACAUGCAAAAAAGAGAGGAUGCUUUAGAAGAAUCAUUAAAAUAUGAUUUAUAUAAAACACAAAUGAAAAAAAAAAAAAGUGAUGAUAAUAAUAAAGAUAAACAUAUAUUGAAACAUAUAAAUACAAAAAAAGGUGUAAUUAAAAAUGGAGCUGAUAACUUAAAUGAUAAAUUGUUAAUGUUAAAAGAAAUCGAAAAGGAUAAAAAGGAAAAUGAAAGUUUUAAAAAUGGAAUAAUACAUUCUAUUCAUGCAUAUGAAGAAGACAAAGAAAAACAAUAUGGUACCGAUAGCCGAGUGGUAAUUCAAAAAGGUAUGAGUAAAAGUGUUCAACAUGAGGAAAGGGGGAUUACAAAAAAGAAAGAAGAAGACAAACAAAUUGAAAAGGAUGACAAAAGGGAUAUAAGAUCAUACAAACAAUUAGACAUAAAUAUAAUUAACAAAAGAUUAAAUUCAAAAUUUAGUUUAAAAAAAAGUUGUAAAGAAAAUUUUAUUAAAAAUAUGUUAUUUAAUAAAAUAAAUAUACAACAAAAAGUAGAUAAUAAUAAUAAUAAUAAUAAUAAUAAUAACCAAUAUGAAGAAAAAAAUAAAAGUAAUGAUGAAAAGGAAAGGUUAGAUGAUAAGAAUGACAUACUACAAUAUCCAAUAUCAGAAAAACAUAUUAUAAAGAACGAAGAUAUUAAAAUAAAUAAUACAAAUAAAAAUGAAAUUCAGUUGUUAGAAAAAAAAGAAAGUGAAAAAAUGAAGAAUAAUAUACAAAAAAAGAAGUUACCAUCAUUAAAAAAUAUGUUAAAAAUGAAAGAAGAAUGUUAUUUAAAAAAAUUCUCAAAAAUGAGAAUAAAAAAAAGUAUUUUAGAAGAAUGUGUACCUAGUAUACAAAACAAACAAAAUAGUAAGAGCAUAGAAAAUUUUGAUGACAGCUCAAGUGAUGAAUUUAUAGAUACUAAACAUAGUUAUUCUAUAAAACAUGAUGAGAAAAAAAUAUCUAAAAGAACAGUACCACUUUUAUUAAAUAAGUUGUCUAAAAUUAAAUUGGACAAUAUAAAGAAAUUCCCUAUCCAAAUAAAAAAACAACAUUUUAAAGAACACAUUAUUAAUAUGAAAGAAAAGGAUGUUUUGAAAACAGAUGAGAAAUAUACUAAUAGUUUAUAUCAUGAAAAUGUGCAAUAUGAAAAGAAUGAUAAUAAACAUAUUUUAAAAGUAGGUGCGUCUUUCAAAAGUGAGGAUAUUAAUGAAAAGGAAAUUGAAAUAAAUAAAGAGCAGAAAGAUGAGGACAUAAAAAAGGAGCAUCAAGGAAUGGUUACAAAUUACUUUACAGAUUUAUUUAAUGCAUUUAAUUUUGUUAAUACUCCAAAGGAGGUAGGUAGUUUUUUUGAUUUAAAAAAUAAUGAGGAUAAAAUAUUAUUUGACGAUAAUUUAAUAGGAAAAAAUUGCGCUUCAUUGGAGGAAAAUGAUAAAAGUGACGAUGAAAAAGAAUAUUCAAUAGAAAAGGCAAAUAAUAAUAGAGAUGUGAUGAAAUUAAAUAUAAAAUCAAUGAAUUCGGCGAUGAUAAUGGAAGGAAAUAAUAUAAAUGAAGAAAAUAUAAAAAAUGAUAAUGAUAUUCUUACUAAUAGUAAAAAUAUGGAAGAAAAUAAAUUACCAUAUAUAAAAACUUUGAGAAGUUUAAAUUUUAAUAAAUUCCCUACAAAGAAUAAUUUAAAAGGGUAUUCAAUAAAAGAAGAAUUAUUAACAAAAAUAAAAAAGAAGAAUAAUGAAGAAAAAAUUAUAUCUAUGGAAAGUAUAGAAUAUAAAUUAAAAGAAAGUAAAUACCAGAGUAAUUCUUAUAUAUGUAAAGAUCCAAUAUUACAAUUUUAUACUAAUAAAAAAAAUUCCUCAUUUUUAAAAGAUUCACAAGAUAAUUCUAUGAAAAAUAAUCCUAGUAAUAUUUUACGAAAGAUACUUGAUUCUGAUUUGUCUAAUUUUAAUAAUAUGAAUAAAAAAAGAAUGACAGCUGAUGAAAUUGCUAAGCAUACAAAUGCUUCACUUUAUAUAACAGUUAAGAGAAAGGCAUCACAGUCUUCUCUGACAAAUUCAUUAAAAAUAAUACCUAAGAUAAAAGAAAAACCCAAAUUAUCAUUUUGA